UGCAUCUGUCAUUACAUCAAAAUCAAAUUUCCAUAGCCUUCCUCUGUACGUCGUUGCUUAAAAUACCGUAAGGUCUUCUCUCUUUUCAUCUUUCCUCUUCUCUUUGAACAGAACUAAUAUUUCCAUGGAGACUCCGGCGCUGAAACGGCGGAGAGAGGCGGAGACUACUGAGCUGAACGACGAAAGCAGCGAGUGCGAGACCGAGUCGAUGAGCGAGUUGUUGAAGCUCCUGGACGACUCAGCGGAAGCGACCGUCUCGGCUACUUCAUACACUUUUACCCCCACGUCGUACGGGACCAGGGUUAAGUUCAGCGACAACCCGUACUCGUCGGCGUUGAUCUUUCAGUCGUCGUCUUCGUACAUAACCAUCAACGGCAACGAAGAGAGCUGCGGGUCGUCGUUCUCGGAAUCGGAGUCCAGCGUGAUGGCGAGCGUCGACAUGGGUGGGAUUUCGAACGCUAAUGCUAAACCUGGGUGUGCCUUGGACGGGAUUCGAGAGUGGCUGGAAGCGGAGGACGGCGGCGCGUGCGAGGGACAGGUGCGUGGGUCGGAAUGGGAAUGGUACGAAGAGCAGCUGGCGAAGUUUCUAGCCGCCUAGUGUACUUGAAAUCUGAGUAUACGUGAACAGUAACUUUGUUAAUAGUGCAAAGCUCCUUUUAAUAUAAAUAUAUUAUUAAGA